CGACGCCCGAUCGCAGUGGCAGUGCCGCAUCAAAUCAAAUACGGCUCCGUAGAAAUAUGUGGAUAUUAUUUAAAAAAUACAUAAACCAUGUAGUCUGUCUUUUUAUUCGUCCGGUGUCUGCCAAUCACUCUCAACGCUUGAGUCAUUAUUCGUUUCCUCUCGUAACCUUCAGUUAGAGAUGAAGCUCUUCACUGUUAACACUGGUGCAGCGCAAGACCAUGUUCGAGACUAAGAAGGAUUGCAGUUAGAGUAGGGACCUACUAGCCCCUGCGCGAUGUCCAGUCGGACUGCAUAAAGCCGUCUUACUUCCUGUCCUUAAGAUAAAAAUACACUUGCUGAGCCCCCUUCGUUUCUGAUCGCCAUCGCCCAUCUACCAAAGUAUGCCUCUUUUAAAGCUCGCCUGGUUGGCCUUGGCUACGGCUGCCGCCGCCGCUAUCGAGCUGUCGGUCAAUUUUACUUCCGAAUAUCCAAACGACUGUAAAACAUGCCCUUAUGGAGUCUGUGUCAAUAAAUACGCCGUUGACAGCCAGGAAAAUGUUACGACAACGUGUUUUACCAAGUAAGGCACUCCUAGACCAGAUUAGCAGACAAAACAACCAGCCUACUAACGCAAAUGUCCUACAGCGGGAGCACAAGAGGAGACACCAACAUUUGGUUCUACAUCAAGCAAGGCUGCUAUACCAAUGAAUAUGGCUUCAACGAAUACAAAGACGGUGAUAUUACGGAAGACCUCAAGUACUGUGGUCAAAUUCCUAUGGACAUUUACCGCGAACCGGCUCAAGUUCGCUACCUAAGUGAAUGCAAAGCGAGUCCCUACACAACAGAUGAGGAUGUCCAGUUCUACGGCCGCGACCAGAACAUUACUGUCACAUGUUCUACAAAAGGGCAGGAGCUGUUGGAAAAUGACAACUGGUACAAAACUGUAGACGAUUGCUUCGUCCGCGAAACUGACCUGUGGUCUCCUCCUGAUCGCAGGGAUCUCCCUGAUUGUGGUCCUCGAUUUCCAGUAGAUUCUCAGACCAAGCGACACAGCCUUUCACGACGAUACCUCAUCUGCAGUCUUGUUGGUGACGAGUACGCACCUUGCUACACCUGUCCUAAGACUACCUGUGGUGUCACCAAGACCUACGAAUUCAAUGAUACAGUCAUCAGCCAGUGCCACACUGACACAACAACCACUCUACCUAAUGGAACGAUCCAGGAAGACAGGUGGGUUCUAACCACUGAUUGGUGCUAUGUGAAUCAAACGCGUUUCUGGGACUACCCUGCUUCCUACAGUAUGUAUACCAUUCCUGUUGUGAAAACUGGUUACCAGUUAAUGAUUCAACUGGGCAAUACUAACCCGUUGGCUCUGACUACAACUUCCCCCAUUGCAACUCCUGGAAAGGCUAUGAAUGAGAACCAUCACAUUUUUAUGUCCUGUAUACAGGGAGAUUACUUAACAGAGUAACUUCAUAAUGGUCUCUUUUAAACAUUAGCAGAUACACCAAAGAAUACAAAUACAAAUCAAGUGCUUUUAUCCUUCGCCCUUCAUUCAAGAUCAAAUUCAACCAUCUUCUUCUGAACCCACUCGGCGAGAGUGGUAAAGAAGAAAUCAGGAUUGUUGCCGCGCCAUUUUCCCAAUGUGAACCACACAUAGCGAACAUCCUUCCCAGUCUUCAUUAUUCUUUCGUAAUCUGGUGCAUGUUCA